GUAUGUGCGUCUUGUGAAAGUAUCCACGAGUGUUUUGAGAGCUUAUGACACACUGGUUUAUGGCGACAGUGGGCAUGUCCUCGCUUCUGAAGUUGCACGAAUAAUACUAUUAUUUAUCGGACGGGCUUAUUGGUUUACGUAGGCUUUAAAAUAAGUUAAUUUUUAAUAUAGCUAUCAUUGAACACUGUAAUUGCAUAAACAUGAUGAACAGGACUUUAUCGACAAAACUUCUGGGCUCCAUGUGUGGGAUCUCCAGCCCUCGACUGAGAUUCGCUCAAAGCGCUGCGAACGCUGUACAGAAGCAGAAAGAACUGAUCAAAAGUAGGGAACUUGAAAAGGAUGAGCUGAGACCUCUGUAUAUGGACUUUCAGGCCACCACACCCAUGGACCCAAGGGUUUUGGAUGCCAUGCUCCCAUAUCAAGUGAAUUACUAUGGCAACCCACAUUCCAGGACUCAUGCUUAUGGAUGGGAGAGUGAGAGCGCAAUGGAAAAAGCAAGAAAACAAGUUGCAGCUCUUAUUGGUGCUGACCCAAGGGAGAUUGUGUUCACCAGUGGUGCGACUGAGUCCAACAAUAUGUCAAUCAAAGGUGUGGCUCGGUUUUAUAAGGCUAAGAAAAAGCACAUUAUUACCACCCAAACCGAACACAAGUGCGUGCUGGACUCGUGUCGGGUUCUGGAGGCAGAGGGUUUUGAUAUAACUUAUUUACCUGUGAAAGAUAAUGGGCUGAUUGACCUGAAGCAAUUAGAGGAAGCAAUCCGUCCUGAUACAAGCUUGGUGUCCAUAAUGACUAUCAACAAUGAGAUUGGUGUCAAACAGCCAAUCAAAGAAAUAGGUCAUCUGUGUAGGUCCAAAAAUGUGUUCUUCCACACUGAUGCUGCUCAGGCUGUUGGAAAGAUCCCUGUUAAUGUCACUGACUGGAAAGUGGACCUGAUGUCCAUCAGCGGACAUAAGAUCUACGGACCCAAAGGAGUUGGGGCUUUGUACGUGAGGAGAAGACCCAGAAUUCGUAUUGAGCCUUUGCAGAACGGAGGAGGUCAGGAAAGGGGGCUUCGUUCAGGGACCGUCCCCACACCUCUAGUCGUAGGCCUCGGAGCCGCCUGUGAGGUUGCCCAGCAAGAGUUAGAGUACGAUCACAAGCGUGUGACAUUGCUUGCUAAUCGCCUCGUGCAGAAGAUCAUGUCUGAGAUUCCUGAUGUUGUGAUGAAUGGAGACCCAGAUCAGAGGUACUCAGGAUGCAUUAAUUUAUCAUUUGCCUAUGUUGAGGGGGAGAGUCUGUUGAUGGCGUUGAAAGAUGUUGCACUUUCCUCUGGAAGCGCCUGCACAUCUGCUUCUCUGGAGCCCUCGUAUGUUCUCAGAGCAAUAGGGACAGAUGAGGACUUGGCGCACUCUUCUAUUCGAUUUGGAAUUGGCAGAUUCACCACAGAGGAAGAAGUGGACUACACAGCGGAGAAGUGCAUUCAGCAUGUCAAGCGGUUGAGGGAGAUGAGUCCAUUAUGGGAAAUGGUCCAGGAGGGCAUUGACCUUAAGAGCAUCAAAUGGACCCAGCACUGAAUCAUUCUAAGCUGAUGAAGUACAGCUUAAUUAGGCUGCCAUACCCACAUCUUAUUCCUUCUUUAAACACGCACAAUUUUAUUUCUCAGUUUUGGGGAUUUAAACUGUCUAUGUGGAGAUUUUAAGUGCAUUUGGAUGAAUUGCAGUUGUUACAGAGGUGAGGAUUUUUGUUAUGAGUUUCACAUUGUUUUAUAGUGUUCACAGUUGUACAACACUCAAAAUAUAAUCUCAAAAGACAUCAUUAUGAACAUGCUUUGAAUGUUGUCCUGUCAUUUUUGUGGUUGAGCAAAUCGUAAUAUAUACCACAAAACAUUUUAGGGGUCUACCAUAUUGUCCCAGUCCUGAGACCAGCAGAAUUAAUUUCAGUAAUAAGUUUUCAUUACAGUAAACCUUGUGUUAGGCAAGUCAGAUGCUAAUUCAAAGUUAGUUUGAGUAGUUUUUCUUUACAUGAAGUACAACACCAGCUCAACCUUAUUUUGCACAAGGAAAAAAAAAAGGAUAAUAGGUGUCAUUAAAUUCACCUACCCAUUAAAAAUGUAUUAUGUACGUCUUCAUGCUUAUUGUCUAGUAUAAGCUUACACGUUGUCUUCCAUGAUUGCAGUUCAGCAAUUCUGUAGUGUCUUUUAUUCAAGAAUGGUAUAUUAAUAAACAUGCAAACCAA